AUGGGGAAGGUAGCGGAUAAACUCCCUGUAGGAUUCCCACAGAUUACACAGGCACCCAGCACAAAAGUUGUGGAAAUUGGACAUAAUGCCAUUCUUCUGUGUUCUGCUGCUGGAAACCCACCACCAAAAAUAUCGUGGGUGCGGGAUAUGUUACCGGUAGAAACACAAGGAAACUCUCGCUACACAGUGUUGGAAACAGGUAUGCCAGGAACAUUGCAAAUCACAAGUAGUGAAGAAGAAGAUCAGGGGAAGUAUGAAUGUGUAGCAGAAAAUACAGUAGGAACUGAAUAUUCACAUCAUACCAUGCUGUAUGUGAAAGUGCGUCGUGUACCACCACAGUUUUCUAUUCCUCCUCUGCCUGUGCAUGAAGUGAUGUUGGGUACAGAUCUAAACUUGACCUGUGUAGCUGUCGGUUCUCCAAUGCCUUUUGUUAAAUGGCGAAGAGGGUUGGCUAAUGACAUAACACCUGAAGACAAAUUGCCUAUUGGUCGUAAUGUACUAUUUCUGACUAAUAUCCAGGAGUCAGAAAAUUACACUUGUGUUGCAGCAAGUGCUUUGGGUGUAAUAGAAGCUACAACUCAGGUUAAAGUGAAAACUUUGCCAGGACCUCCUACAGAUGUCAGAGUAUCUGAAAUCACUGCAACAUCUGUUCGUCUUACUUGGUCGUACACUGGACCUGAGGAUCUUCAGUACUAUGUGAUACAAUAUAAACCCAAAUAUGCCAAUCAGGCAUUCAGUGAAAUCUCAGGGAUUAUCACAAUGUACUAUUCUGUUCGAUCAUUGAGUCCAUAUACUGAAUAUGAGAUGUACGUCAUUGCUGUCAAUAACAUCGGCCGUGGACCUCCAAGUGCUCCUGCUAUAGUGACCACAGGCGAGACGAGUGAUGCUGUUUUUGGAGGUGCCAAACCAGGAACUGCUCCCCGGAAUGUCCAAGUUCGACCUCUGAGUUCCAGCACUAUGGUAAUCCAGUGGGAUGAACCUGAAACACCAAAUGGUCAAGUGACAGGCUACAAAGUAUAUUAUACAACUAAUCCUUCUCUUUCAAUGGCAUCAUGGGAGUCUCAAAUGGUUGAUAACAACCAGCUGACAACUAUUAGUGAUUUGGUUCCACACACUAUUUAUACAAUCCGUGUCCAAGCCUUCACAAGCAUAGGACCAGGCCCUCUUUCACUUCCAGUUCAAGUUAAAACUCAGCAAGGAGUUCCAAGCCAACCAAGCAACUUGCGAGCUAGCGACAUUGGUGAAACCAAAGUGACCUUGCUGUGGAAUCGCCCUACUCAUUCCAGCGAGAACAUUGAAAAACAUCAUCGGAAGAUUCCUGCUGUUGAGAGCUUUACAUUGGAUGGGCUGUAUCCUAACACUUUGUACUACAUUUGGUUGGCUGCAAGAUCUCAGAGAGGGGAGGGGGCAACCACUCCCCCAAUUCCUGUCCGAACCAAACAGUACGUUCCUGGGGCGCCCCCUCAGAACGUGUCUGGGGAAGCAGUGGGUCCGACGUCUAUCCGUGUGUCGUGGUCACCGCCUCCGGCUGAACGCAGCAACGGGCGCAUCGUGUACUACAAGCUCCAGUCGGUGGAAAGCGGACGAUCCAACUCUGAAGCUGCAGUGACCACAGUCAACACCACAUCGUUUGUGCUGGAUGAACUCAAACGCUGGACCGAGUAUCGCAUCUGGGUCCUGGCCGGAACAAGUGUCGGCGAUGGUCCGCCCAGUUUCCCCAUCACUGUGCGUACUCAUGAGGACGUGCCUGGUGAUCCUCAAGAUGUCCGUGUUACUCCUAUCAACUCCACUGCUAUUCGAGUUCAGUGGCGGCCUCCUUUAGAAAAGGAUCGUAAUGGAAUUAUUCGAGGCUAUCAUGUUCAUGUGCAAGAGACAGGAGAAGAGGGAAAAAGUUUGCUGAAUGAUCCACUUCGCUAUGAAGUUUUUGAUGGAAGUGCUCAAGAAAUGAAUGUAACUGGAUUACAGCCUGACACCAAGUAUUCUGUGCAAGUUGCUGCACUAACCCGGAAAGGAGAUGGUGAUCGAAGUCCACCUGUUCAAGUUAAAACACCUGGUGGAGUUCCAAAUAGACCAACUGUAACGCUGAAAAUUCUUGAAAGAGAGCCAACUGUAACAAUUGAAUUAGAAUGGAGUCGGCCAACUCAGACAUAUGGAGAAUUGUUAGGGUAUCGAUUACGCUAUGGUAUAAAAGAUCAACAACCUCUAAAAGAAGAAAUGCUCAAAGGGACAUCAAUACAGCAUCACAAAAUUAGCGAUUUGGAACGAGGUGUGGAAUAUGAAUUUCAUGUAGCUGGCCAAAAUCACAUUGGCGUUGGGCAAGAGACUAUUAAAUACUUAGAGACUCCUGAAGGAACUCCUGGUGGUCCUCCCACAGAAAUAUCUUAUCAUUUUCAGACACCUGAUGUUGUUUGUGUUACAUGGCAACCUCCAUCAAGAGAACAUCGAAAUGGUCAAAUUACUCGUUAUGAUGUAGAGUUUCAUAAAAAAGUAGAUCAUACAACUAUAAUGGAGAGAAAUACCACCUCAACUAAGGCUGUGUUCACAAAUUUGGAAGAGAACACUGAUUAUGUGUUUCACGUAAGAGCGCACACAAGUCAAGGUGCUGGUCCUUUUAGUGAAAAAAUUACUGUCCACACUGAACGGGACAUUGUCCGAGCACCUAUGAGUGUCCAAGCUGUGGCAACAUCUGACCAGAGUGUGGAAGUUUGGUGGGAAGCUGUACCUAGUCGAGGCAAAGUUACAGGAUAUCAGAUUUUUUACACUAUGACUGCUGUCGAAGACUUGGAUGAGUGGCAGCAGAAAGCUGUUGGUCUCACGGAAUCAGCAGACCUAGUAAAUUUAGAGAAAUUUGCUCAGUAUGCUAUAGCAGUUGCAGCAAAAACAAAACAGAGUCUAGGGAGACUAUCUGAAAAAGUAACAGUGAAAGUGAAGCCAGAGGAUGUUCCGUUGAAUCUUCGAGCUCAUGAUGUGAGCACUCAUAGUAUGACAUUGUCAUGGUCACCACCAAUUCGGCUUAAUCCUAUCAACUACAAAAUUUCCUUUGAUGCUGUCAAGGAAUUUGUAGAUUCUCAGGGAAUUACACAGACUCAGGAGGUGCCAAGACAGACAAUUUUAUUAAAACCUGAUAUUCGUCGUCAUACUAUCAAUGAACUUUCACCAUUUACAACAUAUAGUGUGAAUGUUAGUGCCAUUCCAACUGAUCAUCAGUAUCGCCCUCCUACUAAAAUUACUGUCACAACCCAAAUGGCUGCCCCUCAACCAAUGGUGAAACCUGAUUUUUAUGGUGUUGUUAGUGGAGCUGUUAUGGUUAUCUUGCCACAAGCAUCUGAAGAAUACGGACCUAUUAGCCAUUACUACCUCAUUGUUGUUCCAGAAGAUAAAAUGAAUCAAAACAAACAUCCAGACCAAUUUUUGACUGAAGAAAUGAUUGCCAAUAAAGGAGCCAAACAGGAACGAGAAAAUGCACCAUACAUAGCAGCAAAAUUUUCUCAACGCAGCAUACCAUACACAUUUCACUUAGGAAAUGGAGAGACUUAUGAAGGAUUUUUAAAUAGAAAAUUGGAGCGUGGCAAAAAGUAUCGAAUCUUUGUAAGAGCUGUUGUGGAUACCCCCCAAAAGCAUUUGUACACAUCUAGUCCAUUCUCAGAAUAUCUGGCCCUGGAUAUGAGGGAAGUGCCUCCGGGUGAUCCACCCAGGCGACCAAAUCCCAAUAAUCCAGUGUCUGACAAUGAUGUGUCAGUGAACCCCAACAAGAAGGAAAUAGGAAUGGUUUGGGUUAUAUUCCCAAUAAUUGCCGCAUUAUUUGUUUCAAUCUGCUUGAUGCUUCUGUUCAUUAUUAGAAAGCGAAGACAACCAUGUAAAGCUCCUGACCAAGCAGCAGUGACCAGGCCUCUAAUGGCAGCAGAUAUGGGUACCACUCAUGCACCUUCAGAUCCUUCUAUUGAACCAGGACAACAAUUUACAUGGGACCAUUCCAACAUGGAAGUUAACAAACCAAAGAACAGAUAUGCCAAUGUAAUUGCAUAUGAUCAUUCUCGAGUAAUUCUGCAGCCAAUUGAUGGAAUUUUGGGCAGUGAUUACAUCAAUGCAAACUAUUGUGAUGGUUAUCGAAAGCAUAAUGCAUAUGUUGCUACACAGGGUCCUUUACAAGACACUUUUGCUGAUUUCUGGCGAAUGUGUUGGGAAUUACGUUCAGCAACUAUUGUGAUGAUGACUAAAUUAGAAGAACGUACCCGUAUUAAGUGUGAUCAAUAUUGGCCUACAAGAGGAACAGAGACAUAUGGAUCUAUGACUGUCACAAGCUCUGAUGUUCAGGAACUGGCUACUUAUUGUAUUCGUACAUUUCAGAUUCAUAAAGCGGGCCACAAUGAGCGGCGAGAGGUGAAACAGUUCCAGUUUACUGCCUGGCCUGACCAUGGUGUGCCUGACCACCCAGCGCCGUUCCUGCAGUUCCUACGCCGAGUUCGCAACAUGAAUCCACCUGAUGCUGGACCCAUGAUAGUUCACUGCAGUGCUGGUGUUGGCAGAACAGGAUGUUUUAUUGUAAUAGAUUCCAUGUUGGAGAGAAUGAAGUAUGAGAAAAUGAUUGAUAUAUAUGGCCAUGUUACUUGCCUCCGAGCACAACGAAAUUAUAUGGUACAGACCGAGGACCAGUAUGUGUUUAUCCACGAUGCAUUACUGGAAGCUGUAAUAUGUGGAGUUACUGAGGUACCAGCUCGUAAUUUGCAUUCUCAUAUCCAAAAACUAAUGCAAAAUGAGCCAGGUGAAAAUAUUACUGGCAUGGAAUUGGAAUUCAAGAAAUUAUCAAACAUCAAAGCAGACUCUUCUCGAUUCAUCAGUGCUAACCUAGCAUGCAACAAGCAUAAGAACCGCUUGGUCCAUAUCCUGCCAUUUGAAUCUACACGCGUUUGUCUCACACCUGUGCGGGCUGUUGAAGGUUCUGACUACAUUAAUGCAAGUUUCAUUGAUGGAUAUCGUUAUCGUGCUGCUUAUAUUGCUACUCAAGGUCCGCUCCCCGAUACAACUGAAGACUUGUGGAGAAUGCUUUGGGAACAUAAUUCAACAAUUGUUGUGAUGCUAACUAAACUCAAAGAAAUGGGCAGAGAAAAAUGUCACCAGUACUGGCCAAGUGAUCGAUCUGUGCGCUAUCAAUGCUUCGUUGUUGAUCCCAUUGCAGAAUAUAAUAUGCCACAAUAUAUUCUGAGGGAGUUUAAAGUGACCGAUGCACGUGAUGGUAGCUCACGCACAGUGCGACAGUUUCAAUUUAUUGAUUGGCCUGAACAAGGGGUACCAAAGUCUGGUGAUGGAUUUAUUGACUUCAUUGGUCAAGUACACAAAACUAAAGAGCAAUUUGGUCAAGAUGGUCCAAUUACUGUGCACUGCAGCGCGGGUGUUGGACGUACAGGUGUGUUUAUCACACUGAGUAUUGUACUUGAGAGAAUGCAGUAUGAAGGUGUGGUGGAUGUGUUUCAGACAGUGCGCAUUUUACGCACUCAGCGCCCUGCUAUGGUUCAGACUGAGGAUCAGUACCAGUUUUGUUACCGAGCCGCUCUGGAGUAUUUGGGGUCCUUUGAUCACUACGCAAACUGACAUUAGUUUGGCAAAUUAUCACCUAUCAGUAUGAAAGCACAGGUCAAGAGGAGAGGUAAAGAAGACUACUCGAAACUUGUGUGUUCAGUGGAUAUGAUAGCAAAGUGAUUGUCCGUUUAGAAAUGUUGUAAAGGAGUAUGUUAAUAGGGUUUUUCAGUACUGUGUGGUCCAGUAACAUAGUAUGGAAACAUAUUUAAAGGGACAAUAUUUUAAUGACAGUGUGGUGAAAAGUUAUGACACAAGAAAUAUACUGUAGAUGUAUAUGGAUCCCUCCCCACACAAUGACAAUAACUUGCAAUGUCUUCAUAUGUUACAACAUGCAGUUGAGUUGCAAAUUACCAAAUUCUUAAUUUUUUGUCGUAAAGGGUAUAUAUGAUAUUGCCUCAAGAAAUAAUAUGGUGCCCUCAGUUACUGGGAAAGAAGAGUAGAAUUCAAACAUUUCAAAUUAAACAGCUACAAGAACAACCUUGGUGAGUGAGCCUUGUUUCUGAGAAUGAUAUCGCCCGUUUUGCCUCUAUCAAAUUUAGUGGCAAUUUUCUAUAUGGUGCCUACUUAAAUAAAAUGCCAUUCCCAAACUAGAAAAUGAUGCAAAGAAAAUCAAACGCACAUGCGUCAUAUAUACAAUCAUUGCAGACUGCAUUUACUUAGGUUUUGACUGUUACUUUUAAUGUUUUGUGUUUACUGACAAAAUGUACUUUUUUUUGGAGGUGCUUGUCAGUGCUGCAGUAUAAUUAUGUUAAUUGUAACACAUGGUACAGCCUAUGCUGAAAUACCUAUUUGUUUAAGGAAAGCCAUGGGACUUAGACUGAACUGUUUUGCAGUGCUCAUUUUAUUUUGUUUUACAAAGAAUGCUUUUAUAUAUAUAUAAUCAUGUAUCUCUAUCUCUAUACAUAUACAACAAAAUAAUUACUGUACAUUAUUUUCACCCUUUCUGAAAAAUCUCAUAUAAUUUAUAGACAUGGCAUCAUUGAUGUUAACAUAUCGAAAACCUCAGAUUUUCCAUGUAUAUGUGUUUAACAUUUACAUAGGUAGCCAGGGUAAAGUAGGAAUGAUAACUAUGGUUUCCUUGUAUAUACUAAUUUGUUUUUAAUUGUACUGGUUACCUUGGAACAUUAACAUGGUCUUCAUUUGAUAUUUAAUAUUAUUUUCAGAAGAAACUUAAAACAAAAAUCAUAGUUGAACAUGUGCAACAAUAUUCUAUCCACAUCAAAACAUAAAUCAAUUUAAUACAAUGUUUUUAUAAGUCAUAUUUGUAAUUGACAUGCAUGACAUUAUUCAACAAAGUGAACUGUGGAUCUAAUAAUUGUGAUUACAUUUGUGUUAUGGGAAAGUGAAAGAAUGGGUUAUUGAAUGAAAUAGUUAGCAUGGCAUUUGAAGUAUCAUGUUUACACUGCCUCUUCAAAAUCAUUUAGAUCUACAAUUUGCAGAAAUAAAUGUACUUGUAAUUCCCUCAUUAAGUCUUCUUGUACCACAACAGAUUCAUGGUUCUCUUUGUUGGGCAAUAGUUUUCUGAUGGGAUACUGUUACAUAUAUUGAUCCACAUAUCGUUUCAGCAGUUCAUUGACAUUACAGCCUCGCGUAACUGGAGUACUCUGUCUUGUUACUUGCUUACAAAAUCUGUGUAAGAUAUUUUUCAAAAGUAGUUGAAAGUACCGCUAUGUUGAAGUAUGAUAUUAUGUUUGGCAGCUCAUGACAUUUAGGGAGUUUUGUGAGUUGAUAAAUUCUUCACAAACUGACGUUUUCAUAUGUUUGCCAAGUGCUUUAUACUACAUAAUAAUUAUUUUUACAAAUGUAUGUAAUUUUCUAUCAUUUUUGUAGUGGUAUUGAGUGUUGAAUUCAGUGAUAUUAAGUAUUAUUGUGCUACAUUUGUAAUUAAUUCAUCUGUGUCAUAAAAUAUCUAAGUUACAGUCUUCAGUCUUCUAUUUCCUAAUAUGCAUAUGUAUGCAUGCACUUGUAAAAUACUAUUUUCAAAAUUCUGAUUUUUCUUUUCAAACUAUCAGAAACAUUGUUAUUGAAAUUUUACAAUUUUAUUUUAAUGGUAUGUAAAGUCCCCAUUCAUUUCUGGGGUGCUGUAGAUAUAAAACUACACAGACGUAUUUGCUCUUGAGAAAGGUAGUUCAUCUUUAUACCAUUGUUAAAAUGUCUGUAACUUAGAUUUGUAAAUGAAUUUAUUUUACUUGAAAUUGUGGAUCAUACUAAAUGAUAACCUUUGAACUGACAAAUAUUAUGUACUAAAAUUGAUUUACAAACUUUGACAUGCAGUUGAAGUGUAAUACAAUCAUAUCUUGUUCAGGAUAGUAUUAACAACGUUCCAAUUCAUUUUCUGUGAAUGGUGACAUUUUGUGAUACCGGCAUGAAACAGAAAAGUGUAUUUUCUGUAAUGAAAUCUAUCAUUUAUGUUGAUUCUUGCCCAUUCAUGUCUUGUUAAGUAUCCUUUGGAAACAAAAUAGAAUAUAAGAAUAAUACAUGAAAGCCACAUUGAGAGGUGAUCUGAUGACAAACAUAUAUUGGAAAUCAUUGUGAUUGUAAGAAAAGGUUCAGGAAAGUCAUUAUAGAAAGCAUUGCAUUUUGAAAUAAAAAUGUGCUAUUCUUUAGAAAUGUUCUAAGUUUUUUAAACCUGUUUUACAUUACGUUUUUGUACUGAU